AUGAGACCUUAUUAAGAGCCGCACCUUUUCUUUCACUGUUCCAUUCUCAAGGAGGGUAUCUCCAAGAUGAGAUCGUGGAUGCUUGCGACCGCUUUGCUGGCGAUUCUUCCCCUUAUAGCAGCUCAAAGAUGUACCGUCUCCGUCAGAACGCCUUACGUCACGACGACCUAUAGGAAAAUCAGUCGUGACACCACCUGUCACUGGAAGUGCGUCCUCAAGCACAAAAAGCAAAUCAACACCGACUACGACGUCGUCAAUACCUGCUCGAUCAACUACAAAACCACGACCCAGUCGGUGUGCUGCGAGGGCUACCAGGAGACGGCGAAGGGAUCUUGCGAACCUGUCUGCCACGGGUGCCAGAAUGGCACGUGCGUCGCACCGAACAGCUGCACGUGCAACGCGGGCUUCCGCAAGCAGCUGGGAGUCUGUGUUCCGGUUUGUGAACCCGAGUGUGGCCAUGGAACGUGCGUAGCACCCGGGGAGUGCUCCUGUCGGGAUGGGUUCACAGCGGAUCCGAAGAAGGGGUGUGUUCCUGCCUGUGAACCUCCUUGCCUGAAUGGGGACUGUGUUGGGUUGAACACUUGCGAGUGCUUCAGUGGAUUCUUGGAAACAGUGGAGUCCCAUGUAUGCAUGCCGGAAUGUGAUCCGGAUAUAGCGGAUUGUGGAAGUGGAACCUGUGUUGGUCCAAACCGUUGCGACUGCGUAGAGGGAUUUAUAUUCGAGGGGAAUCGAUGCAUUCCAAGAUGUGAUGCGACCUGCAUCAACGGAGCAUGUACAAAGCCAAAUACCUGCACAUGCAACGAGGGAUUCGUCAACAGUCCAGCGAAUCCAUCUGAAUGUGUUCCCUUCUGCAGUAGUGAAUGUCAAAAUGGGACCUGUGUGGCACCAGACACUUGCCAGUGCCUUCCUGGGUAUCAGCAAUCCCAUACUGUAGCCAAUUCUUGCGAACCCAGCUGCGAUUCCAAGUUUGUAGACAUCGCCAAUGGCGAAUGUAUCGCUCCUAAUGUUCUUAAGUGCAGUGAGGGAUUCCAGCUGGAAUACUCACCACUAUCCGGACGGACCUUCUGCCGAUACCCGUGUGAUGCCGAAUGCGUCCAUGGACUGUGUCUUUCGGAUGGAUCCUGCCAGUGCUGGGACGGAUUUAGUCCCUCUGUUGGCGCAGACAAUGUUUGCGAACCGAUUGGAAUGAAUUGCACACAAUCUUUGUGAGUGAUGUUAAUAAAACAAUAAAAACUA